ACUACGGUGCUUUCACUUUCCGGGUUUGGAGUGCCGCUGUUACUCAGGCAAACCAGCGCAGGGAAUUCCAGGUGUCCGUGCAGGGGGUCGCCUUUCUUCGAUCUCCUCCUUGGCCGUGCCUUUCCGCAAGGCACUUCCAAGCCCCCUCCCACGCUUCCUCCUCUGCUCGGCUUUGGGAGCAACUCGACUCUUUCCUGUUCCAGUAAGCUGAGCGGCAGCGGCAGCAGCAGCGAGGGUCCUGGCUUUCCCUUUAUGCCACCCAGAGUGGAGCCGCUUCCUCCUGUUUUCCUUCUGUGUCUUGCCCGAGACAGCUGCCCGCCAAGCAAAGUCGCUCCCUGGCCGCUGAGGAGCAAUGUACCUGUGGCGCCUCCUCUUUGACCCCUUGCCCAACUGCAGCAGCUCCCACACGUGAGCUACGGCUUCUCUUUGUGGCCUUACCAUUUUUUUUUUUUUAACAAAAGGAGGCUAAGCUUUCGAGGCGGGGGGAAGCUUCAAUUUUCUUUUGGAUGCAGUUUGCUUUUGCUCAGGCAAGCUCCUCACAGAAGAGCGCGAGAUGCCUUUUCCUAUGAGAACUGUGGCACCCCUCAAGCUGUGCCGCCUGGAAGAGGAUGUUGCCGCUCCGAGGGACAAAGAAGGUUACGCCGGGCGAGGUGGCGGCGGCGCGGGGCUCUGUUUCGGCUCUCUGGAGGAGGUCUGCUCACACUCGCUGGUCUCCCUGCUCUGGCAGCUCUCCGACCUUUCCCGCUGCGCCAGUGAAGUCUUCGGCGGGAUCCAGGAGCAAGCCGACAGCCUGGGGCGCCGGAGCGCCCACCUCCAGCGUCGCCUGGACUGCCUCAGAUCUCUUGUCUCCCGCCUGGAUCACCGCAAAGUCAAAAUCCCUGUCUCCAAUCUAGAUGAAGAAAGUAGAUGGACGGUCCAUUACACUGCCCCCUGGCAUCAGCAGGAGAAUGUGUUUCUGCCCUCCACAAGGCCACCAUGCGUGGAAGAUCUUCACCGUCAAGCCAAGCUGAAUCUGAAAUCAGUACUAAGAGAAUGUGACAAACUCCGGAGAGAUGGCUACCGAAGUUCUCAGUACUAUUCUCAGGGUCCAACCUUUUCCUCCUCUUCCAGUCCGAUCUGUGGAAAUUACCAAGAUGAAGAAGAUGAACAAAAGUGUUCUACACCUACUCCUGAAAAGGAAAAACUUAUUAGCAUCAAGAGACCCAAAACACCAACUUCAAAUGACUUAUCUGAUAUCAACACUCAAACAAAUUGGACCAAAUCACUUCCAUUACCAACACCAGAAGAGAAAAUGCGACAGCAGGCACAGGCAGUCCAAACUGAUGUUAUACCUAUUAAUGUUACAGGGGAGAAUUUUGACCGCCAAGCCAGCAUACGGAGGUCUCUGAUUUACACAGACACUGUGGUAAGGCGGCCGAAGAAAGUGAAAAGGAGAAAGACUAUUACAGGAGUCCCUGACAACAUCCAAAGAGAGCUAGUUGGCACUGUUCAGAAUGACUUUCGUAGCCAUUCCUUGUGUGUCCCAGAUCACUAUUCCACCCUAGGAAGGCUUGAUAGCUGUCAUUCUGCCUUGCUGAGGUCUGAGACCAAGGACUGUAGUUGUCAGACAGAGGAAGUCAAAGUGGUGCCACCUUCAGUGAGGCGAAUACGUGCACAGAAAGGACAAGGAAUUGCCGCCCAGAUGUCUCAGUUGUCCAGCUCCUCUGGAAACAUGUCUGUGAUGAGUGAUUCUGCAGGGGUUGUAUUUGCCUCUCGGCUUAACAGUGACUUGGGUUUUCACAGUCUACCUCGUUCAGGAGCAAGGGUUUCCUUGCGUGUACUAGAACGGAGGCAUAGCAUCUCCAAGUCAACAGACGAUGGAACUGUGUCACACCAGAUAAGCAAAUUGCAAGUGGAUGAUAGUGUGGUUCCCAUGAGGAACAGCAGUAGGACAGGAAUGCUUCAAAGGCCGAAAUCUCAAGAGGUAAAGAGUUUUGAGAGUGAACUGGAAGAAAACCCAAUAGACGUGGUCUCUGCACAUACUAUGUACUCAACCCAUGUCAUACCAAAUACUGCCGUACCAGCCUCUUCAGAAGUGAUUGCUAUUCAUACUACACCAAAUGCUCGAUCACCAGAUAAUAGACUCACCAACUCAUCUUCAUAUACAAACCCAAGAGACAAUCUUACUGCCAACGGCAUGGUAAACACAAAGGAUCAACACUAUUCUUCUAGUAGCUGGAACAAGAACAGUUCUACACAGAACUCACAGUCCCUGGACACUAUCUCAUCAAAUCCUAUGGUGGUCCUUUCCCUAGGAGAUUCAGAAGUGCCACUUAGUGGUGCAGGAGGUAUGGAGAAUGGGUCCCAAAAUAUUACCUACAGCUUUAGGAAUAAUCUUAGUCUAAAUCAUUCUCAAAGCAGUGAUAUUAAGACUGAAUCCAGUUACUCAGUAGAUAAAACACAGGGCAUAGGUCAAGGCAGCAUAAAGCACUGCGGGUUCAAGCCUACAAGAAAUGAAGAGGUAGCCUUACACAAGCCAAAUUGUGCCACUCCCGGAUGCACCACACCCGUUAGCAAUAUGAGUACAAACAGCCUUGAACGAGUCUCAGCCAAAGAAGACUCAGGCUCUUUGUAUUCCGUAGACCAUGAUGGCUAUUACACUUCCAUGCAUAUGGACUCCGGUCUGAAGUCUAGUAAAAUUUGCAUUAAUAAUAAUGGAUUUGGAAACCCCAGGCACAGUGUUGUUAAUGUGUUCGACGGAAUUGAAAAGAGAUCACUGGGAGACUUGUCAAACUGCAGUGACAAGUCUCUCUCACGGAGCAUAUCCUUAACAAAAGCAAAGAAACCACCUCUUCCACCUUCUAGAACAGACUCUCUCAGAAGGAUCCCCAAGAAGAAAGCUCAGUCCAGUGGGCAAGUUCUGGAUGACAAGCUAAUUGCUAGCCUCCAGCACUCCCUGCAAUUGAACCUUAAAUGUAAAAAUGGUGGCUCCCCAUCUCAAAGCCCCUGCAGUGAUUAUGAUGACCCAUGGGUGCUACGCUCUCGUAGCCAGAGCUCUGUGAGUGCCAGCAGCAGUGUGAUGUCUGCCACAGGCCUGAACAUGUACUCCAUCUGUGCUGUCACACCUUCUCAGAGCGAGACAAGCAGCAUCAAGUCAGAGUAUGUUGACCAAUGGAGUUACAAUAGUGACUGCCCUGGGAUACAGGAUGAUAGGUUAAGAUCUCCAGUAGUUCAUUCUGCACCCAUGCUGAAUGAUUAUAGCAUUAACCGCCUCAAUGAUGGACCACGUGUUUCUCUACCACAAGUGCCCAGUGGGAUGGCCAAACCAAAGAGCACUUCUCCUGAAAAGCCUCAUAGAGUUACAUCACCAUCUAGUGGUUAUUCCAGCCAAUCCAAUACACCCACAGCACUUACACCUGUGCCUGUUGUUUUAAAAUCUCUAUCAACAGGAAAUGGGAAGCCCAAGGUGAAACCUAAAGUGCCUGAAAGAAAGUCAUCUCUAUUGUCUUCUGUUUCAGUGUCUUCCUCUUCCACAUCCCUUUCUUCCAAUACUUCUACUGAGGGGAAUAUGAGUGUAAAGAAAUUGGACCCUGUGUUUUCCUUCCCUCUGAUUACUCCUUCUCCAUUAAUGUCUCCAGAUUCUACUGAACAUCUUCCUCCUCCCCCUCUUCCCCCCUUAACAGAUGUCAUGAAUCAAACUCACCAAUCAGCUUCUCCCAGUUUCCCACCACCUCCACCAGAAACAAUUAUGCAUGCUUCUUUUCCUCAGAAUGAUCCAUGGUUUCAUUUUUCACCUCAAGAUGAAUCAGUCAAUGAUUGCUCUCCCUUGUCACCCCCCAUUCCAUCUCCCCCUCCCCUUCUUUCCUCAGUUCCUCCACCAGCCCCACCUCUGGACCCAAAGCUUGCAAAAGGUGCAUAUAAAAAAAUGCUUUUCAAGAAAUAUAACCCAGAAGGUAAUUCUUGUAACACAAGGAUACAGCCAAUCAGCAAAGAAGAUUCCACUAAGCCUACAAUGCCUCUAAUAACCACCGAAGCACUGCAAAUGGUACAACUGAGGUCUGUGAAGAAAGCUGUGAUGUCAGUGAUUGACCAGUCAGCCGAAGCUACUUCUGAAACCAAUCCUCAGGUAAAAAAUAAUGAAGUUUUUUCAGCACAGUCACCUUUAAAACUAUGUGUGCCAGUAGAACACAACAGUCAGGAUAAAGGUGAGAUGAAUAUCCAUAGUUCUUCUGACAAGAGCUUUGUUUACAAUCCUGGCCAGGGAUCAUGUAGCAACACCCCUGAACUUGCCAGUGGCAAAAUGUCUGGAAGUGAAGCCAGUGUAGCUCAGUCCAUUGCCAGUGAUUUAUUACCAGUCAGUGUUGAAGAAGUGCUAUCACAGAAGGAAGGUUCUCACUCUGAUCUUGAAAGUUUGCCGCUUCAGGGGCAGUUGGAAUCACCCAGUAAAUCUCAGGGUAUAUUGCCAAACAAGAAGCCACCACCUGUUUCAAAGAAGCCCAAACUGUUCCUGAUUGUGCCACCCCCACAGCCCGAUGUUGCUGCAGAAAAAAUAGCUGAAGUGGGAGAAACAGUCAGAAGCGCUGCAAGUCUGCCUACAAGGGAUGCUGCAAUUGCACAGUUCAGCCAGGCUAAGGAUUAUCCCACAGAUGGACUCUGUUCCUAUGAAAUGAACUCUGGCAACCUAGGUCCAGAAGGAAGAGAUGCAGAUUCCACCUUGUGUGAGACAGAGGAAACCAGUGUCUCGUCACUGCUGCCAAAGCAGGAGGAGCUGUCUGGCUUGUGUGAAGGAAGCAUUUCUGACAGAAAUGGAGAUAGCAUCACUAGAGCAGAUGGACAGCCAUCUCCAGGGGAUGAAAGUGCUGAGGUGUUUGACUCAGAUGCAUCCAACAGCUUUUUCCUGCAAAGCCUCAGUUAUAGGGAAGUCAGUGAUGCUGUGGCAAUGCCAGCUAGACCACGAACAACAGAGGAUCUUUUUGCAGCCAUUCACAGAUCCAAAAGGAAAGUCCUUGGCCGCAAAGACUCUGAUGAUGACCGUGCUCGAAAUCAUUCUCCAUCACCCCCAGUUACACCCACUGGUACAUCCCCAAAUCUGGCUUCCCUCAAGCAGGCAGGAUCAAUUCAGAGAAAUAUCCGCAAGAGUAGCACCAGCAAUGACAAUUUCAAAGCACUGUUGCUUAAAAAAGGGAGUCGAUCAGAUACCAGUUCUCGCAUGUCAGCUGCAGAGAUGCUAAAGAACACAGACCCACGAUUUCAAAGAGCCAAGAUAGAUUCUCCUUGGGACCUUUCUGAAAGUAGUAUGAACUGUUCUCCUAUCAAGAACAGGCGGGCCCAGGAAGAGUGGGCGAAGAGUGAAGGCCUCAUGCCAAGGAGUCUGUCUUUUUCUAACAUCAGGUAUAGCCGAUCUCGAACUCCACCAUCUGCCGCAAGCAGCAAGUACAAUGUUCGAAACCGCAUCCAGAGUAGCCCCAUGACUGUUAUCAGUGAGGGAGAUGUGGAAGCAGUUGAACCUUCAGAGAGCAGGACUCAUAGGACUUCAAAGGGGUUGCUUGAUGUGUUUAAUGUUGAUGAAAUUGACAUUAAUGAAGAGGCCCACUCCAGUGAAAAAACUUAAUGGAGAACACUGGAUCCUUGAGAACACUGGAUGUAUGCCCACCAGCUGAAAAAAAAAUUAUUGAGAAUUAAGAAGUAAGGCGCUGUGACGUUGAGGCUUCCAAAAAUAUAUAUGAAAUAAGCCAAGCCUAGGAGACAGCCUAAAUCAUCACCACUUACUUUGCCAAGUAUUUAACAUGAGUUCCUCUAUGGCAGCUGCAUCACCAGUCUCUCUCUGGCUUGGUUGGAUAGGGCUUGUGAUUUUUUUAAAAAAAAUUAAACUUAACCAGCAGACUUCUACAUUGAAGCCUUUUAAGGAAUCCUCUUGUAAGACAAAAAUGUUGUUCUCAGAUCCUGGGUUGUAUGUGACUUUUUUUUUUUUUUUGGAAGGGUGUAAAAAUAGAGCAAGUCUGCAAAUAAAAUGGGAAGCUUCUGUGGUACAGGGUGGCAGUAGCUGUUUAAGUGUUCUAUUUAUGAAAUUUAGAAAUAUCGCUUGAGCACGGACAGAUAGAAUGAAAUAUGUGGCCUAUUAGAUUAGCCAGGCUGACAUUAUCUUCACAGUUGCUUCUGGUGUGGACUCCUCUAGGCUUGACCAUGUCACCAACAGCAUCACUGAUCUGGCCAUCCACAUUCUGAACAGAUUCAAUAUUGUAACAACUCAACAAGAAAGAAGCACUGUUGUAAUACAGAACUGCUGUGCAGCCACAUUUACAGUCUUGGGUCUCAGAAACCCAUGUUCCUGGAUGAGUUUCUUUGAAAUCAAGAUGUUAUUUAGGAGGAUCAAAGAAUAACUGCUGAUUUAUAAGGAAGGUGUAGUUACCUUCAGGGGUGGAUAGGGAUAAGCAAACACAGCCAUACAUUUCUAGAUCUGAAAAGCAAGCAAAUGCUGGAAUACUAUAGAGCUGCAUAGAGUCCCAUUCUCAAAUAAACUGGGUAGGAGUUCCAUUGUUGCCAGUUUUUCAUCAGUUUGUUAAAAUGGAGAGGUUUUUGUCAAUAACCUAUCACUUGAAAUAUUGAAUGCUUGCUAUUUUUUGGUUACCAAAGAGUACAUUACAUUUUUUUUCCUUUUGGGGUGUACAUUUGGCAUUUUCUUGAUUUGAGGAAAAAUCUUAACAAUUUAGUAGGGCUUGCUUAAUAUUAUUGUGUAUUUCACCAAUGACACUUCUAAAAAAUCUUUUUUCUUACUUGUAAAGGAAAACUGAUAACUGGCAGGUUUGAUCACCAUUUUUUUAAAAGCCUUUAGUUUUUGAAAAGGAACUUUACAUGAUGGUUUGUGCAGUUUUUAUAAUGUUUGUACAUAAUGGAAGUACUUAAAGAUAACUUUUGUCCUGCCACCCCUAAUAUUGGAAUUUUUACAUUUUUAGACAACAAGACAAAAAAAUGUUCUAUGUAGAUAAUUUAUUUUUUCCUUCAUCUGUGUAUUUCUUAGUAAUGUAAAUUUCAGGGGCCUUCAUUCAACUCAAGAAAGGGAUGCUGACAGUGCUGUGACUCUGCAUCAAUAAACAAGGUCGCCAUUUGCCA